AUGAAUAAUGAUUCGGUUAUAACUGUGUUUACUCUGUCAGGGCUGAGUGGGAUUGAAAAGUACAGAAUCAUUCUGUUUGUUCUAACAUUAUUGUGUUACUGUGUGAUCUGGCUGGUAAAUAUGACCAUUAUUGUGACAAUUAUUGUGGAUAAGAGUCUUCAUGAACCCAUGUAUAUUUUCCUGUGUAAUCUGUGCAUUAAUGGACUUUAUGGCACAGCAGGAUUUUACCCCAAAUUCCUCAUGGACCUCCUGUCUACUACUCAUGUUAUUUCUUAUGCUGGAUGUCUACUGCAGGGGUUUGUCAUUCAUUCUUCUGCUGGGGCUGAUUUUUCUAUACUUGUCCUCAUGGCCUUUGACAGAUAUGUGGCAAUAUGUCGACCUCUAGUGUACCAUUCUGUAAUGACUAAGCACAGAAUUUGUGUAUUUUUGUUUUUUGCUUGGUUCAUACCCAUAUAUUUAAUAUUUAUAGGCUCAGCAACUACAAUGACAUUGAGGUUAUGUGGUUCACACAUACCAAAGAUCUACUGUAUUAAUUAUUUGAUUGGUCAGCUUGCCUGCUCUUUCUCUGUAGCGCAUGUUGUUGUUCCAGCGUUUAACUACACCUUUUACGCAGGUCAUCUGAUUUUUGUUGUGUGGUCUUAUAUCUAUCUGCUUAAAACCUGUCGAACAUCUAAAGAGAACAGGAGUAAAUUCAUGCAAACAUGUCUGCCACAUUUGUUCUGCUUAAUUACCUUUGGUGGAUCUUUACUUUUUGAUUCAUUGUACAUCAGAUUUGGCUCAAAAAUAUCACAAAGUGCUCAAAACUUUAUGGCAAUGGAAUUUCUCUUUGUUCCCCCGAUUGUCAAUCCGCUCAUAUACGGCUUUAAAAUGACACAAAUAAGAAACAAAAUUGUGCAGCUUCUUAGCGGUAAACAUUUCUAG